CUUUCCAUUUUUUCUUUUAAUUGGCUUUGCAACUUCAACAACCCUCGCGUCGUGUUCCCUCAUUAGAACCAGUUGUCUCGUUUAUAUUUCUUCCACGCAAAAGCCAAAACGAAAGAAAAGAGAGAGAGAGAGAGAGAGUUUUACAUUUUUAUGUCAUAAAUCCUAUAUAAAGCUUUAAUUUUUCGGCCUGAGAGGUUUAGUUUGGGUACAAAUACUCAAAUCGACGUGUCGUCUUCCAUCUUUGUUCCAUUGCUCUUCUCCAUCCUCGGUUUCAUCGCCACACCCUUAAGACAGGAAAUGGCUACGGUUGUGUCUCUCCAAGCCAUCAUCGGCUCUAUUGCUUCUCAGUCACCUUCCAAUUCCAAAGCUUCUCUCUUCCCAAAGGAGCCUUUCAAUCUCCCUAUCAAGUUCAGACAAAACCGUUGUUUCAAGAUCGAAGCAACAACCGCAUCUCAAACUCCUGUUCUCGACACUCUCUUGUCUCCUUCCAAAACUACCACCACCCCUCACAAGAAAAAAUCAAAUGAAGCAUCUCUGAUAUUAAUCAGGCACGGAGAAUCGCUAUGGAACGAGAAGAACCUCUUCACAGGCUGCGUCGACGUUCCAUUAACCGAGAAAGGCGUUGCUGAAGCUAUCCAAGCCGGGAAGAGGAUUAGCACCAUCCCCGUUGAUCUGAUCUUCACUUCCUCCCUCAUCCGUGCUCAGAUGACCGCCAUGCUCGCCAUGACUCAGCACCGCUGCAAGAAGGUUCCAAUCAUCUUGCACGAUGAGAGCGAGAAGGCGCAGACUUGGAGCCAUGUCUUCAGCGAAGAGACCAGGAAGCAAUCUAUCCCUGUUGUAGCUGCUUGGCAACUGAAUGAGAGAAUGUAUGGAGAGUUACAAGGUUUAAACAAGGAAGAGACAGCUGAAAGAUAUGGAACGCAGCAAGUUCAUGAAUGGCGUAGGAGUUACCACAUCCCUCCACCUAAAGGAGAGAGCUUGGAGAUGUGUGCUGAGAGAGCUGUGGCUUACUUUGAAGACAAUAUUCAACCAGAGCUUGCGUUAGGGAACAACGUGUUGAUUGCUGCUCAUGGGAACUCGUUGCGGUCUAUCAUUAUGUAUCUUGACAAGCUAACUUCUCAGGAGGUUACGAGUUUAGAGCUGUCUACUGGUUUACCGUUGCUCUACAUCUUCAAAGAUAGGAAGUUCAUGAGACGAGGAAGCCCUGUUGGUCCUACAGAAGCUGGUGUCUAUGCUUAUACUAAGAGAUUGGCACAAUACAGACAGAAGCUUGAUGAGAGCCUUAACUAAUGUGUUCUGUUCUUUUGUUUUGUCUUUCACUUUCUGAGUUCUCUAUGUAGUGAGAACAGAACAGUUUUUAAGAUAUGUAUUAGAUUACACAAAUCACGUUUCAUUACAUGUUAUUUUAAAUCACCCAAAA